UGGCGUGCUCUGGUCCAGGGGGUCACGAAGAGUCGGGCAUGACUAAACGACUCAACAACAACAACCACUGUAUUGUCAUGCACACCCUGAUCUCCAAGCAGUGAAAGAUGCUAGUGGUGCCAACGUGUGUCAUAUGUUGGUAUAAAAGAUGUAAACAUUCAAUGAUGGGGCAAGUGUAUUUAACAAGCCAUAUUCACCAGCAAAUGAAAAUAUACAUUUUGAAUAUAUUAAAUGCAUUUUCAAGAAAAACAUCUUGUUUAUCAUUCAUUUGAACUUGAUUUUCAUUUUACUAAACAAAUUGAUGACAUCAAACAUUCUCCAAAACUACACACAAUAUAAACAUCUACUGUACUUUCCCAUCUAGUCGCAUGAUGUCGCUCUCUGCUUAAGUAACUUGCUGCGAAUAAAAGGGGAACAAAAGGCUCUUCCACUGCUUUGUCAUCACCAGAGAUCAUUCCCGUUCCUAUAAUUGGAGGAAGAAAAGGUAUAUCAGCAGGCUGGAUUUAGAUUCUUUCAAUGUUUUUUCCAGAUAUAUUUCAUAAAAGAGGAGAGUUAUAUGAAAGAUUUCUGAGAUGGUUACUCCAUGGGGAGACUGUUCUUCAGUGGGGAGAAGGCAGCUGCUGCAGCUGAUUGUGCUUCACUCAGCCUGGUUGAUGGGGAGCGGCCAGCUCCAUUAUUCCGUGCCUGAGGAAUCCCAGCAUGGCACCUUCGUGGGCCGCAUCGCCCAGGAUCUGGGGCUGGAGGUGGAUGAGCUUAUGCCUCGGAUGUUCCGGAUGGAGUCUGAAGAUCAUGGGGACUCUUUUGAGGUAAAUGUCCAGAAUGGGAUUUUGUUUGUUAAUUCCCGGAUAGACAGGGAAGAGCUGUGUGCCAAGAGCCCUUUGUGUGCUGUUCACCUGGAGGUGAUUGUGGAUAAGCCUCUGAGGGUCUUCCAUGUAGAGGUGGAAAUCAAGGACAUAAAUGACAAUUCUCCUGUUUUCUUGGAAAGUAAACAGUCCCUCAGUGUUGCAGAAUUAAUGCUGCCUGGUACACGUUUUCCUCUGAAGGCAGCCUCAGAUGCAGAUGUUGGUGUUAAUGCUCAACUGAAGUACAAGCUUAAUUCCACAGAAUAUUUUGUUGUUGAAGAAAAAAUAAAUGACCAGCAGAGUGUAUCAUUGGCACUUGUUUUAAAUAAACCUCUGGACAGAGAGAAAAUCCCUGUGCAUCGUUUAGUGCUAACAGCUACUGAUGGGGGUCAGCCAGAACUCACAGGCACAGUCCACCUUGAGAUCACUGUGAUGGAUGCAAAUGACAAUGCACCUGUAUUUAAUCAAUCUGUUUAUAAGGUGAAAUUGUUAGAAAAUGUGGCAGAUGGAACAUUGGUUAUUCAUCUCAAUGCAACAGACUUAGAUGAAGGAACUAAUAAGGAAAUCACCUACUCCUUCAGUAAUAAUGUUCCUUCCAAUAUAUUUAGUAUACAGUCAGAUACAGGUGAAAUCAGGGUAAAAGGAAAAGUGGAUUUUGAAGAAAUUAAUAUGUAUAAUGUUGAAAUUGAGGCAAAAGAUAGAGGUAGCCCACCUUUGUCUGGGCACUGCACUAUCCUUAUUGAAAUUUUAGAUGUAAAUGACAAUGCUCCUGAGAUGUCAUUGAAGUCCAUGCUGGUGCCUUUGCCUGAAGACUCCUCGCCAGGGUCAGUGGUAGCCCUGAUCAGCAUCUCAGACAGGGAUUCCGGAUCCAAUGGGCAAGUGAGCUGCUCUCUGUGGCCCACUGGGCUUCCAUUCAAGCUGGUGCCCACCUUCAAAAAUUACUACUCACUAGUGCUAGCUGAACUUGUGGAUCGAGAGCAGGUGGCUGAGUAUGGACUGGUGGUUGUGGCCCAGGAUCAAGGGGUUCCAUCAUUAUCAGCAAGUAGCAGCCUAGUGGUGCCCAUUAGUGAUGUGAAUGACAAUGCACCUGCUUUUGCUCAGCCAUUCUAUACGGUCUUUGUGAAGGAGAAUAAUCCACCUGGUGCCCAUAUCUUUACAAUGUCUGCCUCAGAUCCAGACGUGGCUGAGAAUGCCCUAGUCAGCUAUUGGCUUGAUGAGAAGCUCUGGUCGCUGUCAAGCUACAUCUCGGUGCACUCAGAAAGCGGCAAGAUCUAUGCACUGCAGUCCUUAGACUAUGAAGAGAUGAAGUUGCUGGAAUUCCAAGUGAGGGCCAAGGAUGCUGGGCUGCCCUCUUUGUGCAGCAAUGUGACAGUGCAGGUGUUUGUGGUGGAUGACAAUGACAAUGACCCAACAGUUUCUGAACAAGGGGAGGCCCUGUCAAGCUGGUGGUCCCUGUCAUGGCUGGCCACUUAGUGAGCAAGAUCCAUGCCCUGGAUGCUGACUCAGGCUACAAUGCAUGGCUACGCUAUGAGUUGCAUGAACUGACCAGUGGCCCCUGGCAAGUGGGACUGUACAGUGGUGAGAUA